AUGCUGGGGAAACGACAUGUGAAUUCCUCUUCAAGCACAAGUGGUAGUUCUACUUUUGAUGGCAAAUCAAUAUCCACGAAAGAUAACCUGAAGGAAGAUUGUAUAGAAGAUGGCAUAAAUCCACUCAAGGUAUUGGCACAUGGUGGAACUAUUUUAAAUAGUCUCUUUGUAAGGACAGAAGGAGAAGGAGUUCAAUAUAUUGUUUCCGAAGGUGUCCAUUCCAAAGCUAAAGUGGUUGUGAAGCGAGUUGAGAGAUGUGAUGAGAUUCUACAAGAGUUCUCAAACCAGCGUCUAUCUUCUGAAGACUCUAUACAUGUUCUUCGCGUGAUCGAUUACAUGCAUGACACUGAAUUCUCCUAUCUUCGGGUUGUGUACAUUAGAGAAUGUGGUGAAGAUAAAAACUGGGCAAAGCAAAGAACCUAUAGAUUUGGAUAUGAAGGAUGUGUUGAAGGCACCCUGGGGCCAGUGUUUGUCAGAGUUGAAAGGAGAAUUAUGAUUGAGAUAAUCAAUAGAAUAGCUGAUAUUCAUAGGAAGAAGGUUAUUCAUCGGAGUUUGCAGCCAGAUUCUAUUAGAUUGGUGGUUCGUGAUCCAAAUAAUUAUGUUGUUGCAAUAGAAUGA